UCUGCUACCGGAGUUUGCAACAUAAAGUAUGAACGGUGCGCGAUGGUUUGAGGUGACACAAGAAUCGUAGCCUCUCUCGUCGACGUGGUUGGCGAGCACAACUAUCCUAAGGAAUCACUGCUACGCUACUCUCAUCAUGGGCCAGCUUGAGAUUGUUCCGCUUGACUUCAAGCGAAUGGAGGAUGUUGCAGAUACCUCCACAGUAAUUCGUCUUCAAUCGCAACAAGGCCAAUAUAACUUCAGCUUCGAGGCUCUAAGGCCAGGCCUGUUUCGUACUACCUUUACAUCUCCCAAGCAUCUUCUUCCACCUCACCGAGCAGCGCCACUGCCAUCGAAGGACUUGAAGGGUGUCAAAGUACAGCAAAACUUCUCGACGGCCACCACAAAGUCCUUCCAGGUGGACGAUGUAACCGCAAGCGUUGACUGGACGACUGGGCCGCCGUUGUUAAAUCUGCAAUUCACCGGACAAGAAGCACCAAUCCAUUCAGAUCUCCCUCACCGUGCGUACGUGGCAGAUGGCAGUGGGAUAGCACACUACACGCGGUACAACAAAGGCACCUUGCACGUUGGUCUCGGAGAGAAAGCAGCACCUCUUGACCUGUCCAACAGACAUUUCGUCCUGUCUGCGACUGACAGUUUCGGCUACGAUGUCUACCGUACCGAUCCGCUGUACAAGCACAUCCCACUUCUCAUCAAUGCUACACCGCAAGGAUGUGUUGGGGUCUUCUCCUCGUCUCAUGCUCGCGGGUUCUACUCUGUGGGAUCUGAGAUGGACGGCAUGUGGGGACGCUUCAAGGUUUAUCGACAAGAACACGGCGGUCUCGAGGAGUACAUCAUCAUGGGAGCCACGCUUCCGGAUGUAGUCCGCAUCUACGCCAGUUUGGUAGGGUAUCCUUUGCUUGUACCACGCUGGGCGUUCGGAUACAUUGCUGGAGGGAUGAAGUACAGUAUGGAGGACGAGCCGCGUGCAUGUGAUUCACUUAUGGAGUUUGCGACGAAGUUGAAAAAGCAUGACAUCCCGUGCAGUGGCUUCCAAAUGAGCUCUGGCUACACAGUGGCCGAGACCGAACCGAAGACGCGCAACGUCUUCACUUGGAACAGGCAUCGUUUUCCAGACCCUAAAGGCUUCAUGGAUGCGUACCACAAGGAAGGCAUCCGGUUGAUUGCCAAUGUCAAGCCAUAUGUCUUGGCGAAUCAUCCUGAGUACGAGAAGCUAAAAGCGGCAGGUGCUUUCUUCACAGAUCCAGUGACAACGGACCCUGCGCAAGCAAGACUAUGGAGUGCGGGCGGCGGCGAAAGUGGUGUGGGCGGUCAUAUUGAUUUCACCUCUGAAGCCGGGUAUCGUUGGUGGUUCGAAGGCAUCCGCGAACUCAAACGGGUGGGCAUCGACUGCAUAUGGAACGACAACAAUGAGUACACAAUUCCAAACGACCAAUGGAAGUGUGCACUUACCGAGCCGUCCGUCAAUCAGGAUGGCGGAAGUGAUUGUGGCAUGGAGAUUGGGUUCUGGGGCCGGUCGCUGAAUACAGAGCUCAUGGGUAAGAGCUCUUACGAAGCUACCCUGGACAUCGAGCCUAAUCAGCGACCCUUCAUCUUGACUCGCAGUGCUACUGCCGGCACCCUACGCUACUGUGCUAGCGCCUGGAGUGGCGACAAUGUCACAAGCUGGGACGGCAUGAAGGGGGCUAACGCCCUUUCGAUCGGUGCCGGGCUUUGCCUUAUGCAGUGCUAUGGACACGACAUAGGUGGAUUCGAAGGACCACAGCCUUCUCCAGAGUUGCUGGUUCGCUGGUGUCAACAAGGCAUUUACUCGUCACGCUUCGCCAUCAAUUGCUUCAAAACAUCCCCUGAGAACAACCUCGUCGGUGACGUCAUCGAGCCGUGGAUGUAUCCAGAGACAACACCGUUGGUUCGUGACAUCAUCAAGAGAAGAUAUGAGCUCAUCCCGUACCUGUACUCGCUUGCGCUGCACAGUCACGUCACCGCAACACCACCGCAGCGGUGGGUGGGUUGGGGCUACGAAAAAGACCCUGAAGUAUGGACUAACAAGAUUCUAAUCGAUGGCGAGACUCAGUACUGGCUCGGCGACUCAUUGCUGGUUGGUGGCGUCUUCAAACCGGGUGCUUCGACAGCAAAGGUGUAUCUGCCAAAGGAUCCUGCGGAUCCGGGUCUCCAGUUCUUAGAUCUCAACAACAAGCCUCAAACCUACUACAAGGCAGGCCAGUGGAUUGAGGUUUCUGCUAGAUGGAACGAGAGCAUCCCAGUGCUUGCAAAGGUUGGCUCAGCUGUCCCUGUGGGGAGACCUGAGCAGACGCUUGCUAUUGGUGACAAGUCGAACCCUGCAAACCUGCCUGCGGAUGACUACCGCGCCGUAGAAAUCUUCCCGCCAAAGGGUUCGUCGAAUGGCAAGUGGUUCAAGACCACUUGGUAUGAAGAUGAUGGGAUCAGUCCACCGCCUGCAAGUAUCUCGACAUUCGAGCUGCGGUACACGACAACCGAGGAUACUGUGGAAGUCGAGCUGGACAAGAAGUUACAGCCUGGGUUUGAGCCAGCCUGGAAGGACUUGGUGGUGAUACUACCAGUUGGGGACCAGCGACAGGUAUUACUUAAUAUAUAGGAUAACUUACUGAAAAUGUGAAGAUCUAUGCCAGAAAUCGU